GUUCAGGGAAAGAAACAAGAAACUUCCUCUUCCUCUCUUUAUAUACACACAAUAAGUCCUUUCUCUUCCCCGCAUAGCAAACUAUUCACUCCCCUUCCUUAUCGAUUGGUUUUCAUCAAGUCUCAUUUUCAAAAACAUUCAUCAACAUGAGCUAUUAUCACCAGCAACAGCCUCCAGUUGGGGUUCCUCCCCCACAAGGAUAUCCAGGAAAGGACCCUUAUCCCCCACCAGGCUACCCAGCUCAAGGUUACCCUCCUGCAGGCUACCCUCCACCAGGAUACCCUCCACAAGGCUAUCCUCCUCAGUACCAACAACCUCCUCCUAGGCAAGAAACCGGUUUUCUUGAAGGAUGUUUGGCCGCACUCUGUUGUUGCUGUUUACUUGAUGCUUGCUUUUAGGUCCUGAAGAGACAUGAUUGGUUGCUGAUGCGGUGUCAUCGUGGAAGGCAUAUUCUGAGUUCUCAUUUAUAUAUGUUCUUUUAAUUUAGCAUUAGAUUGGUGUCCAUGAUUACUGUAUUAAUGAUUACUGUAUUCAUACGUGUUAAUUAAUGAAUUCAUUUUUAGCAUAGUUA